UGGGCCUACCUGGGGGAGAGAGGGCAGACAGGCAGUCCAGUGCUUUAGGCAAUCAAGAUGUAACAAGUUAAUUCAAUACAAGUUUAUUGUGUGUGUGAUAGCGUCUUCAGAGUGAUUCAGAAUGAUAUAUUUACUACGCUUGUGUGGAUUAUGUAUUAAAAUUAAUAAGUGUACUAAAAAGUGUUUGUAAUUCACUUAUACUUAUUUCUACGAUAUGAGACAUUUUUUACGAGACCACAAUCAAUUUUGAGUUCUGUAUUUAAAUGUUUUUAUGACGUUCUAAAGCAAUUAGUAAUAAGAUUUGAUAAUGAUAUUAUUAGUUUAAAAUAUGUUUUAACGGAUAUAAAAGGCAAGUACCUAACGUCUUAAACAAGAUUAAUGCAGAAACAAACAAAUACAAAAGUUGCCAGUUUAAUUACAAUAAAAAGUGACCAGAUUUUCGUUUCAUCUUGGAACCAAAUACCCGUCAACUGAUGUCAAUGAAAUAAAAACUUGAUUGUGACUGAGAUUUUCGUUUCUACUGAUACACCUCGUGCUAUGGCUACCAACGGAGACGACGAUGAAGUGAAGACCAGACACGCCUCGUGUCAGGAGUGCCUGGUGCUCCUCACGGUCAGGAACCACGUCCACGACAGCAUCAAGUCCAUCGAACUGGCCCUGGUCGAGCUGAAGAACGCCCGGGACAAAGGCGUGUGCACGGCCAACUCUAGCCGGACCAUGAACGUGGACGAGCUGGUCAAGCUACAGGGCAAGCUCGAGAAGAAAGUCCCGCGGAUGUUUCAGUGGUUGAUGGAGCACGUCAAGACUCACCCGCCCUGUUCUAGAACUCAAGCUGACAGCGGGUACUGUAACUCUGUGGAGGCGAGUCAGCUAACGGAGGCGAUGGGCAAGCUUGGUGUUUCCGAAUUACAACAGCUUCCUGGCGAGUCAAUACCCGAACACCAGGGGCUGAUUAUCAUACACGAUCAGCGGACUCCUGACGCCGAGUGCUAGCACUUAUGACUCCUAAAGUGGCUGACUCGAUGAUGACUCCUAAAGUUGCGGACACAAUGUUGACUCCUAAAGAGGCUGACUUGAUGACUCAUAAAGAGGGUAAACUAGCUGGUGUCUAGUAAACUGCCGACUGGCUAAUGUCUGGCACACGAGAAAUUCCCGAAGCAUAAGUUACAAAACCUGGCACCAAAUGAAGCAAACCACGGAUUAGCUGGCAAAUUUUUUAAAAUCUGACUACAAAAGUAGUCAGCAACUUGGGCGUAGUGAGGUUUGAACCUAACCGCCAGCACAAUGAUCACAGCGACUAUCCAGCUCACACUGACCAUGUAUGAUUCUUAAAAGAAUUAAAUGAUGAGAGAGACUUGAAAAGGAAAUGGUAUUAUUCACACGUUAUAGUAGUCUUAAAACAAAAGCAAAUCGUGUAUCACUCCGUGUUUUAACUCUGAACCCCACCAAUAGUGUCAUAGUUUCCAUAACUACUGUUUGGUGUAUUUCGCAGGGGUCCCUAUAAAAUGGGCGAUUUCUUGUAAUGUGAGGACCACUAUGCAAUCCCUUUCUUUGACUGAUAUUUUUAAUCUGCACUUGAUCAUUUUUUCAACUUAAAUCAAUCAUUAAUACAUUCAUUCAUAAUUUUAGUAAAUUAUGCUAUUUUAGCUUUUGUGUCACUCCUGAAAGUGUCACCCCAAUACUGUGUCACUCUCUAAAUGGUGUCACCCGCUUAGAUCUUUAGAAAAUCACGGAUAUUUUUGUUACAACAAGGGACGUAACAAGACAAAUACUCAAAUCAUCAAGGAUCACGUGCUUAUCUCCCUUUUUGUCAAGCCCGAAUAGUGCACAACCUCGAUGCUACUCUCAAUUUCCUUUAAAGUUUAAACCGUUAUGGUUCGCAGAUUCGAUAACCCAAUAGUGAUACUCUGUUCUACACUCAUUGCAAUACAAGUAAAAAUUGUGUUGUUGCAAGUAGCAAAAAGCAUUUUUUGUAUGACUGGGUUCAUGGCGCAAACUAAAGGCAAAUACGAACCACAUUAUUGGUGAUUUUACAGUCUUUUAUUGAUAUCAGAUAAUAUAGCAGCUACACUACUAGAACCACGACUUCAGU